CCAUUUCAAUUGAAUUCCUGAUUUUUUGGCAACUUGAUUUCUACGUCUCAAUGAGUCGUCGAUGUGUCCUUUAGCUAGUGAUGUGGAUUUAUAUCCUUAUGUCGUUUUAAAGAUGCCCAUGUACCACUGUUGACAAGAAUACAUGCAAGAAGAUAUCAGAAAGGAAUUACCUGUAUACAAUUCCGGAUUGAAAGUUUUAACAACGCCAUCUCCUGGUUACGUCGGAUCACCUUACAGUGUUAUGGCUGCUAGUCCAUAUGAAGCUGUCAGUCCUAUGUACGCUCCUAACAUUUUAUCCCCUCCACUUCCUCAAAUGCAGUGGAAUAACGCCGCGCCUUCUACAGGUCCGUUGCCUUCCAUGGGAGCCUGGAAUAUUCCAAGUGCAAACUUAGCAGGUGGUUCAAACUUAGGAGGUGGUGCAAAUUUAGUAGGUGGCGAGCAGUUUAAUUCCCUCCAAAAUCUGGACAGUGGAGAAAUUGUGAGAUUAGGAUUAAUAGAUUCUCAGGCUUCAUUACCGAACUUGGACAUGUCGUUGUCGGACAUCGUACCAACAGAGGAUACAAACAUGACGGAUUCUAUAACAAAACUAGUGAAUUGUCGCAUUGACGAACUUACCAAUCUAAAUUAAGAUACAUUUUGUUUUGUUGAUAUUUUAGAUAAUAGUGAUUUUUACUAUUGGACGCACACGUGAUAAAUAUUUGAACAUUACAUUAAAUAUGUUAAUCAUUAUAGUACGUGCAGAAUCUCGUAAAUCGCCGAAGAAAUAUCUAGGGAUUUAAUUUGUUAAUGCUAGGACUGCUUCUGGUAGUACAACUAGGUUGGAAUAAUUUUCCCUCAUUCUGUGUCAAUGAGUUCGUUAUAAAAAACUGACAUCAUAUAAAUGAGAUGAACUUUCUUACAAACUUCCUAUAAUAUUUAUGUAAAUAUGCGAAAAAAUACGUUCUUCUUUCUUUUUAAAUUUUUAAAAAUAUGAUAUGUAGGCACUUAGCCAUAUUUGCUUGUUUCAAGACAAAAAAUUGAUUAGUUAACUAAUUACAUUCUCAAUAGUCUCUUCAAAAAUUGGUUCCUCAACAAAUAAGGGAAUGCAAUAUCGUUUGUGUGAAGUUAUGUUACUAGAAACUUAUAAACUUUUUUAGGCUUCGCCUAUGAGAUCAUGAAUUCAGUCCAGUACCAACACAUCUGAAUGUUAAAUUUGAAAAUCUGUAUUUUUGGAUCAGAUCUAUUAAGUGGCUUUGAAUUGGGCAACUAAAAUUUUAUUCUUUGAUCUACUAGUAUUGUCUGAACAAAAUACAAAAAUUUUGCAUUUAAAUCAUUGUGAGAUAUGCUGCUGAUUAUAUUCAUCUCCCGACUCACUAGUUGAGGAAAAUGUCUUUGAAGUACAACUUCAUUAGUAAAGUACAAUACACAAACCAUUUACUGCUUUUAUCAUUUAUUUCUCCUUAUGUACGCAUAUGCAGGUUUAACCAGCUUCUGUACUACUAUAUAUUAUUAACAAUAAUUUUGGGUUUCCGCCACGGUUGUGAACUAUCAACUUGUUACUAUGGACAAAGAAGUAGCUUGUGUGGGAAGUGCCUUAGAUGUUAAUUAUAUUAUUUAGAGUUUGUUAAUUAUAAAACAGUUAUUUUAAAUAGUGUUUAUAUUUGUUAACUUGUAGUUUAAAAAGUAUCCAAUGUUGAGAACCACAA